UUCGGCCGGUUGUGUUUCUCUACAAGUGUGUCGUAACAAGACAUGGAGUUCCGUUUAUUUCUUGUUUUCCUGGUCGUUGUGGUUUUACCACCGAGCUAUGGUCUUGAUGAGUGCGAAGAAGGGACGGCACUUAAACAAGAGCUAAACGAAGCAGCUUCCAAGGCAGCAAAAUGGUUGACUCAAUUUCUCGAGAAAAAUAAAGCAAAAGACGAUUUUCAUAUCGAUUCUGCCGCCUUCCACUCCUUACGCCUGGCUGGCUUUCACCCCAGACAUGAUACCUUUAGCCUUGGUAAACUAUCUCAGGAGGACGGAGGACGGCUUGGACUUCAUGUAAACAGAAUUGUUGCAUCAUGUCAAAAACCCAGCAGAAGAAAUAUAAAACUACUUAGACAUUGUACUGAAACUUCCGCAGUGAAAUGCGGAUUGACGCAUUCCUUCCAGUAUUUGACCGCCCUGCUGGCUCUUUGUAACAGUGGGCACUCAUUUGACGGUAGUGUUAAAAAUUCUGCUUUCAAAAGGACAGAGCAAAUUAUAAACCAUUACUCCAAAAAGAGCCUAGAUACCCUUGCCAUGGCAAUGAUAACAAGAUCAUGCAUGAUACGCCGUAUUUGCGGGUCUCAAAAAGAUGACACUUGUGCGAAUGAGAUGGGAAAUAAAACUGUCCAGUUAUUGCUAAGGAGACAAAACCGUGUGGAUGGCAGUUUUGGCGGGAAUGGAAUAACAACUGCUCUGGUGGUUCAGGCUCUACUUGCUUACAAAGUACCAUCCAAGCAAUGGCAAUGUUCAAAAGUCAUGAGAUAUUUACUAAAACAACAAAGACCAGACGGUUCAUUUGGCGGUCUAAUGGCGACCAUUCAGAUUCUCCCAGUAAUGAAUGGUUCAACUUUAUCUGACCAUCACAGAAUUAAAGAAAGCUGUAAUCGUACAGAACAAAAUAAUACAGGAAUUGAUAACAAGGUUGAUACCAAUAAGAUUAAAAAGACUAACGAUGCAAAGAAACCUAUUAACGAUGUUGCGAUGAAAAAGAACAUCACUGUAAAGCUUGUUGUCAACGUGACAGGAAAGUUUGAGUGUCAUUACGAUGUUAAAGUAAGAAAUGGUUCCUCGGCCCAUGAUGUUCUCCUGUCUCCAGAGAAGAAUUACACUAGUUGCUGUAACAAUGAUUUAUGUGAUAGGGAGGUUACGUUCCGAGCCGUUUAUACUAGAUAUGGUCCAUAUCUGCAAGCGAUUUUACGAUAUGAAGAAAAUAAACAGAGAAAGUUAUAUUGGAGGAUGUACACUGAUGACGGUACCUUGGCAACGGUUGGUGUGGAUAGUUACUUUCCUAGAAACGCAACACGACUGAUUUUCAAGUUCGAAACGAUUGAAUGAUUCUUAUCUUAAUAAGAAUCACAAUGGAUUUUAUAUUAUUUUAGGGUGUUUUAUACAUAGAGGGUGUCCUUUUGUAGUAUGGGUCACAAAACAACCCAACGAUACCCUCGGCCGUCUUAACGGGCCAACAUCCAAUUGCAUUUCUUUAACUUAGCUAUAGUUUCGCGAGUAGUAUGCAAAAAAACAAAACAACAACAACUCUCGCCUAUGCCUUGUGAAUAACGUUUUUAUUACAAAAACCUCUUUUAGUAAGAUAACUCGCUCCACACCAUUCAGGGAAAUACCCCCGGGGAAAAUACAUAAGACAUGAAAAAUACCGGUAGGUCUUCACCUCUUUAGGAAUGAAUUCGCUGAUUGGCUGUGUCAGAACAAUAAACUUUUGCAAGUCUAUUGGAUUACAUCUUCAGAGGUGAAAGACUACCUAAAAUACCAGCUUCCAUGGUAUUGACAGAUAUUAUAGUGAAGGCUCUCUCGAGAUACUUCUGAUAUAAAAAUACGUUUAUAAAAAUGCUUCUUUGGAUUCACUUAGUCAAGUUUUAGAGAUGUAAAUUGUAUGUUGGCGAGGCCAGGGUUAAGCGUCAAAAGCUGUAAAAAGAACUAUACUGGUUUUGAUUAAAAGACUGAAACGGGUUUUUAC